AUUCUCUAGAUCUUGUUGUCAUUGGAGCAUAUCUAGGACGCGGGAAACGUACGAAUGUCUAUGGUGCAUUCCUUCUCGCCUGUUAUAAUCCGGAGGAAGAAAAAUACCAAACAAUCUGCAGAAUUGGAACGGGAUUUUCUGAUGUUUCUUUGGGAAAUCAUUUUAAAUUUCUUAAAGAACACGAAAUUUCCGCACCAAGAAAUUAUUACGACUAUGACAAAGGAGCAAAUCCAGACGUUUGGUUUGAACCAGUUCAGGUCUGGGAAGUAAAAGCGGCUGAUCUCAGUAUUUCUCCUAUAUAUAAGGCAGCAGUCGGAAUGGUUGAUCAUAAUAAGGGAGUAUCUUUACGUUUUCCACGAUUCAUACAAGUACGAGAGGACAAAAAGGCGGAAGACGCGACCACAUGUGAACAA